GUUUUCCCGGUCAAAAGUAAAAAUAAAUUACUUAUUAAUUUUCCCGUACUACCCCCACACGAUCAUAUUUUGUACGUUAUGACCAACUACGAAAUGCUCGACGCCUCGUAAAAAUUUAACGGCUACAUUCUAAAACUUCGAUUGCUCUGUCCGUCUGUUGAUGCUUGUAUUGUUAUUGUUUAUUUCGUUCACGUUUCCAUUUUAUACCUAAAUCCGUUUUUCAGACUUCGCGCACGAUGACUGAUUGUCCUCAAUUUCAACUAAUGCCCCAAGUCGUGCCCAUCUUUCGCCCGCAACUGCCACCGCCGCCACCUAACGCGUUUCCCAUGCAGCCUGGCCAACCGAUGUUUCCAAUACCGACUCACUUCGGGUUUCCGCCGAUGACUUGGUCGCCGAUUCAUCACUUUCCGCCGCCACCGACUCCGCCGUUGAAUGCCUACAACAAUCGUCAGCAGCACGCCGAAGAGGAGCAUGAAUAUAACGCUCAGCCACAACUGGAACAACCUGCGUAUAAUAACAAUAACAACGGUCCUUCAAACGAUUCUUUGCAAAACGAUCCUUCAAAUUUGUCUCCGCGUUCGGCUCGCCAGGCGUACACUCGUAACGUGUCUAAUAAGUCCGACACAAGACAUGAAGAAUUCAGAAAAUACUUAGAAGAAAAUGGUAUUUUGUCAACAUUUACAAAUAUUUUAGCUGAAAUGUACCAAGAUCCUUUACGGCCUAAUGAUCCAUUGGGAUAUAUUCGUGAUAAACUAAACUGUUCACGGCCAGAAAUAGUAGAACUUUCAAAUCUUCGUCUUUGGUGUGAUCAGUACCAAACAAGAACAGUGCGCCUAGAAAAAGAAUUAAAACAUGUGAUUGAGCAACUAAGAAAAUAUGAACCAUACAAUACUGAUGAUUCUCUUUUUAAUGAAUGUUCUACAGAAAAUGAUUGUAAAUCAUGUGUAUUAGAUGUUACAAAAUUAGGACACGUAGAAAGUAAGGAAGAAAAUUCUAACCAUGAAUUAAUUAAAAAUAAGAACCAAUAACUUCUAUAAUUCUAAAAACAAUACUAAUGAAAACCUAAAAGAUUUUCAAAGU